AUGUCUUCCCUUCUUUUCGCUACCGGCUUGCUUGCCGGCAUUGCUCAGGCCUACACCGUGGUCCAGGUCGCCUCUCCCUUCAUGGCCAAGAACAUUGACCCCAUCGUAUUCCCCGGCCAAUAUGACAAGUCUCACCUACACUCCUUCUUCGGCUCCGAUGCCGUAACCAUCAACACCAACACCAGCGCUGAGCUCCAGAAGGGGUGCACAAACGCCGAGAACCCCAACGACCUGUCUGUCUACUGGAUCCCCACGCCUCUCUACACCACCGACGGUGGCAAGACAUACGAGCCCAUGCCCGUGUCUCGCUUCAGCGCCUACUACAACCUCGGCGAGACUCCCGCCGAGGUCCCCAUUCCCCAGAACGUGAAGAUGGUUGCCGGCAAUGCCAACGCCCAGACCAAAGCCGACAUGCCCGCCGAGGCCCAAGUCUCGUGGGCCUGCGAAAACGGCGGCGGUGAAAGCCAGGAUGCCAAUGGCUUCCCCAGCACGACCUGUGGCACCCACCUGCAGCAGCUCCUCUACUUCCCCCAGUGCGUCAAUACCGAGACCCUCGAGACCGGCUAUAAGGACCGUCGCGGCGGUAGCUGCCCGACCGGCAUGAAGUCUAUGCCCCAGCUUCGGUUCUCCGUCCGCUACGACGUGCGCAAAGUCCUUCCCAAGGGUUGGAGCGGCACUGCUCCCUUCAAGCUUGCUUGCGGCCCUGCAUGGUGCUCUCACGGUGACUUCAUCAACGGCUGGACCGAGGAGGCUGCCAAGAACAUGGUCGCCACCACCAAGGAGAAAAUGGAGUUCUCUGGUGUUACCGGCGCUCUUGGAGGCUACAACACCGGCCCUACUUGCGAGGCCACCGACGCCGAUCCUUCUCAUGGCACUAGCGACUACGCCAAGAGCGUUGCCGCUAUGAGCAAGCGUGACGUUGAGGCUUGGGGAUGGUCCACCAAGUCGCGCUUCGUUCGUGCAUGA